AAGACGAAGCGCAAGCUAUUCUAGACGGCCUGGGCUCGACUUCUAGCACCUGCAUGUGGCUCGCCACCGCCUGUAACACGGCUCUAAGGGAAUCCCGGUCUCCGUGCGUACUGCGAGCACCGAUUCCACAAAACACCCAUGCACAUCACAAAGCGCAGACCCAAAACCUUCAUGCCUUUUCUGAGGCAGGGAAACUGAGGCUCUAGUGUCCGAAGGGGCUACUCAAGCGCCGUUGGACAGUCCUGGCGAGGGAGUGCGACACUGCAACUGUCGUCAGGGAGGCGGAUCUCCCACUGCUGAUUUGAGGAGGACUCCGGCAUAGCCUCCACGACCCGGAGGCCGAUCUCCCAAGCGUGCUGCCUCCACCGGUUUCCACAGGUUCCUGCUGUCCCUCCCCGACACGUCUGCGCGCGCCAGAGGUCCGCCGGCUGGGCACCUGGUGCUGGUAACUCAAACCUGGGCGGUGCCAUGGAGGCCCCGGCGCCCCAGCCAGUGAAGCAGGAGAACCUCGCCGUGGAGGCUCUGACGCUUGACUCCCCGUGGCACCGCUUCCGCCACUUCCACCUGGGCGAUGCAGCGGGGCCACGCGAGGCCCUGGGGCUGCUCCGUGCCCUGUGCCGGGACUGGCUGCAGCCGGAAGUGCACACGAAGGAGCAGAUGCUGGAGUUGCUGGUGCUGGAGCAAUUCCUGAGCGCCCUCCCUGCAGACACCCAGGCGUGGGUAUGCAGCCGCCGGCCCCAGAGCGGAGAAGAGGCUGUGGCGCUGCUGGAGGAGCUCUGGGGCCCGGCAGCCUCCCCAGAGCGCUCAUCAGCAAUGAGGGCACCUCGGGAUCUGACAGAAGGCCCGGGGCUCAGUGUUGGAAAGGAAGAAAGUGGGGUAAUUCCCUUAGGAACCGAUGCCGCCUCCGGGACAGAGGUGCCUGCCACGGGGAACGGCGAGGCCACGCGCCCGUACAAGCAGGAGCCGGGCAGCCCUCCGCCAGCUCCGCUGGUACCCGUCCUCCCUGCCUUCCUGGUGGCCCCAGGCACCGUGUCGUGCCCAGAAUGUGGCAAGUCUCCCCUGAAGCCAGCGCAUCUGCUGCGCCACCGGCAGAGCCACUCAGCCGAGAAGCCGCACGCGUGCCCGGAGUGCGGCAAGGCUUUCCGGCGCAAGGAGCACCUGCGGCGCCACCGCGGCACGCACCCUGGCAGCCCGGGGCCCGCGCUGCGCCCCCUGCCUGCGCGCGAGAAGCCGCAUGCGUGCUGCGAGUGUGGCAAGACCUUCUACUGGCGGGAGCACCUGGUGCGCCACCGCAAGACGCACUCUGGCGCGCGGCCUUUCGCCUGCUGGGAGUGUGGCAAGGGCUUUGGGAGGCGUGAGCAUGUGCUCCGCCACCAGCGCAUCCAUGGCCGGGCGGCUGCCGUAGCGCAAGGGACUUCUGCACCGGGGCCAGAGGGUGGCGGUGCCUUUCCGCCCUGGGCUCUGGGGUAGCUGCGGUUCUAAUCACCUGCUGCAGGGCGUCAUCCCCUUAGAGUCCUCCCAACUGCUUCCCUUUCUAGCCCCGUAUCCGCUCCUUCCUCCCCUCUGGAAUUCUCAGCUUGCACCCGCCCCUGUGAAAUACCCUUCUCUCCCUCCCUCAUUCCGUCCUCUUUUUCAUGGAGAAGAGACUUGUCCCAGGACAUCCUUCACAUGGGAAAAGGGGCUCAGGGGAGGAGCAGAGCCCCCACCCCUCCCAAGGAAGGUGAUCUUGACUUCGAACCCCAGAAGAGAGUUGGGGCCAACGGAGAGAGGAGGCCCAGACCCGGAUCUGGUUCUCUCCAUGGCCCAAAGGAACGAGGUGGGGAGAGGUACCGAGAGCUUGUCCCAGACGGCAGGUCACCAGCAUCUGAGAGAGUAAUAAAGUGACUGACUCAGUG